UCGCCCAUAGAACUUCCGGUCACCAAUGACAACAAACCAAGAUGGCGGCCAUCACCCGCACGGCGUCUCCCAUGAACCUGCUGGAGGAGGACCUCCUGGCUCCGGCCGGCUCCGUGGAGCAGAAACACCGCGCGCUGCAGAAACAGCAGGAAGUCCCGGCCCCCUUCCUGAUUGGUUCAAUCCAGCAGGUAAAUGAGCGGAUUUCUCACCUGGAGCAGGAGUUCCAGUCCUACACACACCUGGUCAUCGAGAGCCGGCUGUCCGGCCGGGAGGAGGACGAUUCACCUGAUCCCCUCCUCAUGAGGUCCAGCUCCAAACUCAGAAGGAAGGUCAGGGAGAGAGGUUUGUGUGUUUGUUUAUUUGUUGUUGUUUAUACACACCUGGUCAUCGAGAAGCGGGAGAAGCGCCAGCUGGAUGAGUUCUCGAGCGUGUACGCCAGCCGUUCGUCCCAGAUGCUCCCAGAGGUGCGGUCACGGCGACGACCCGACCCCGGCGUCACCAAGGAGCGGUCCGACAAAUCAGACAAGUCUCUAGAAGGGAAGAAGGAGAGGGGAGAGCCCAGACUCGUCGAGCUGCAGCAGUAUCCCGGGUACGACCCCAGUGACCUGACCCCGUUGCCAGGCGACACCCCGCCCGAGGUCAUCCUGCAGAGAGUGACCGAUGCUGCCACAGACCUGAACAACAAGGUUCCUCCCAAGGAUGCUGACAUCCACCUGUACAAGGUGUUACACAAGCCAAACUACAAACCCGAGUUCUGCCGCCUGUUUUUCUCCCGGAUGUCCGACUCCAUCCUACUGGACACCUUUUGGUGGUUCUUUCUGCAGAGGUACAUGCCGGACAAGACAGUCCAGUCGAAGCUGUUUAACCGGAUCGCGCACAACUACGUCAAGCUGCUGAUGUACGCCGACCACCCGCGGUACCGAGAGGUCUUCCUGGAGACGUACCCUGACCUGCUUGCCCAGUCCGUGUACAGCGCCUUCUGCGCCUGUUUCCCGACAUCCUGGCAGCAGUUCGGGGACGACUUCAAGGCAGAACUGACGGACCUCACCUGGGAGUGGGUGGCAGGCAUCAAGCCUGUCCCACGGUCCUACCUGCGCUGGAACCUGUACAGCCUGGAGCCUCCAAACAUGAGGAAACAGGUCGUUAAGAAGGGCAAGAAGAAGAAGUCAGGUAGGACACCUGUUGUUUUUCUGGCGUUAGAACUCGACCUUCCGGGUGAUCAGCAGAGCGGCCACUCCUCCAGCAUGAGCCUGAGUCAGCAGCUGUCCAAGCUGUCCGUCCGCGGCAGCCCGCGGCGAGCCCGCAGCCUCAGUCCCGCAAAGCACCGCUCCCCGACCCACGCGGGUAGGUUGGCUGGGGCAUCGUCCAUGUCAUCCCUGGCCAGCUCCAGCUCUCCGACCCUGAAACCCCCCCAGCAACCACUGAAGGCCAGCUCCAGAUCGUCGGUUUCGUCGUCUGUGAUUGACGAGGAGGUCGGAGGUCAGCAGGACCGCACGCUCACUCCGAUCCACGAGGACGCCACCCCCGCCGCCCCGCUGACGGAGGCGGACCGACAGAUGCUGAACGCUCUCGCACAUGAGGACUUCGUCAGGAGGAAGAGACAGAAGGAGUCCCACCCCGCUGGCCGCGGCCCGGACUUCGCGCACGCCGUGUUCAACAUCCACGGCAACAGCCCGCUGGUGGCCCGGUUCCUGCAGCAACAGAACCUGGAGCCCCGCGCUGGUACGAACGUGCUGGUACGCCGCACGCAGGUGACGCGGCUGCCCCCCAUGGAGACGCAGACGUACUCCGACGUGGUGAAGGAGGGGUAUAAAAGUGUCAAACAGCUGGAGCAGGGAUACAGCAGGCUGGUGGAGGAGAGCACCAAGGAGCACUCCAAGUUCCUGAGGAAACAGAGAAGGUGGCUGUUGGAGCAGCAGAGGAAGCAGGCGAGUCUGCUGUCCAACCGUAAGGAGGUUCGGCGCCUGUGUGACCUACUCAUGUUGGAGCAUCACGAGUGA